AUGCCAACACGGAAAGCGAAUGGCGGUGUUCUGCCUAAACAAAUCGACACAUGUUCAGAAUCGGUUUUCGAAUCUUCAAAACAACUGUCUUUAUUACUUUCUCAACACAAAGGACGCAUAUUGAUUUACACAGGUGCUGGAAUUAGCACUGCGGCCAGGAUACCUGAUUAUCGAGGAACUCACGGGCUCUAUAAAAAACUCACUAAACGACAAAUUUUGACGUCAAAAAUCCGAUUGCCUGAAGCAACAACAGCAAGGCCAACCUUUACCCACAUGGCUAUAAGAGCUCUUGUAGAUAAUGGUUACAUUAGGCAUGUGGUUUCUCAGAAUAUCGAUGGUCUUCACUUAAGAAGUGGACUCCCGCUAGCAAAUCUUACAGAAAUUCAUGGUAACUUGUUCAAUGAGAAAUGCCAAUCUUGCCAUUCGGUUAUUUAUAGAGAUUUUGAUGCAGCAGAACUCACUGAAAAGAACAACCACUUUACUGGACGAGUCUGUCCCCUUUGUUGUGAUAAGGAAACUGCAGUAAAACUGCGAUCUUCAUUACUUCAAUUGGCUCAAACUUUCUGCCCUCGCAAGGGUUCAACGAUACCCAGUAUUUCUCAACUUAAAAAUGCUGCGGAGUCACUUUCCGAUAGUUACGCUCAAGAACAUGGUCGUGCUGCUCCAUUACUUCAAGAUACUUUGGUGCAUUACAAGGAGUUCUAUAGUCUUGAAAAUCGGGAUCGAGUUUUGAGAAAUCUCUACGGUUCGUGCCGAUUUUCGAACAUACUCACUGACGAAGAUUCUCGAACUGUUGACGGUAAAAGUGAAAAGAAAGAUUUUCCUGAGUCCACUUGGUAA